GGCGCGCGCGCUUGGUUCCCGGAUUGGCGGCCCCGAUACCCGCACCCGCACUGUUGCUGAUGUUUUUGGUGACUGCAAUUUAAAAUCUGGAGCAGCUGACUUAUUAGAGUCAUUAUUCUUGGAGACAAAAAAUUCAAAUCCGAAACAUCCCACCCCAGCUGCGAUGGGAGAAGCAAAUUCAAGUGGUGGAAGCAACCUGGCUCUGAGGCCCCUGGGUCCAGCAUCCUGGGGGCCGGGAGACUGUAUUCCACCAACGACUCGCGUCCAGGUUCUGGAUGGUUUGCUAGCCCAGUAUGGCACUGUAGAAAACUGUGAGCAAGUGAACACAGACAGCGAGACAGCUAUUGUCAAUGUCACCUACGCCAACUGGGAGCAGACCAGGCAAGCCAUCAUGAAGCUGAAUGGGCACCAACUGGAGAACCAUGCACUGAAGGUCUCCUACAUCCCUGAUGAGCAGUCCAUGCAAGGGCCGGAGAACGGGCAGCGGGGCGGCUUUGGGGCGCGCGGUGCCUCCAGGCAAGGCUCCCCUGUCACUGCGGGGGCACCAGCCAAGCAGCAGUCCAUGGACAUCCCCCUCCACCUCCUGGUGCCCACCCAGUAUGUGGGGGCCAUAUUCGGCAAGGACGGGGCCACUAUCAGGAACAUCACCAAGCAGACGCAGUCCAAAAUUGACGUGCACUGGAAAGAGAAUGCAGGAGCUGCAGAAAAAGCCAUCAGCAUCCACUCCACCCCUAAGGGCUGCUCCACUGCCUGCAAGAUGAUUUUGGAGAUCAUGCAGAAGGAGACGAAGGACACCAAGACAGCUGAUGAAGUGCCUCUGAAAAUCCUGGCCCAUAACAACUUUGUGGGGCGCCUCAUUGGCAAAGAAGGGCGAAACUUGAAGAAAGUGGAGCAAGACACAGAGACAAAAAUCACCAUCUCGUCCUUGCAGGAUCUGACCCUGUACAAUCCCAAGAGGACCAUCACGGUUAAGGGCUCCAUUGAGAACUGCUGCAAGGCGGAGCAGGAGAUCAUGAAGAAAGUGAGGGAAGCCUAUGAGAACGACGUGACUGCCAUGAGUUUGCAAUCUCACCUCAUCCCUGACCUUAAUCUGACUGCUGUUGGUCUCUUCCCUGCCUCCUCCAACGCAGUACCUCCUCCGCCAAACAGCGUCUCUAGGGCUGCACCGUAUAGCUCCUUCAUGCCUCCAGAGCAGGAGACGGUGCACGUGUUCAUCCCUGCUCAGGCGGUCGGUGCCAUCAUCGGCAAGAAGGGCCAGCACAUCAAACAGCUCUCUCGGUUCACAAGUGCCUCUAUCAAGAUUGCCCCUCCGGAGACACCUGACUCCAAAGUGCGCAUGGUUGUCAUCACUGGCUCUCCAGAAGCUCAGUUCAAGACACAAGGCAGGAUUUACGGGAAGCUGAAGGAGGAGAACUUCUUUGGGCCGAAGGAAGAAGUGAAGCUGAAAACGCACAUCUGGGUCCCUGCCUUGGCCGCGGGCAGGGUCAUCGGCAAGGGAGACAAAACCGUCAAUGAGCUGCAGAACCUGACAGCAGCAGAGGUGGUGGUGCCACGGGACCAGACCCCCAAUGAGAACGAGCAAGUCAUUGUGAAGAUCAUCGGGCACUUCUACGCCAGCCAGAUGGCUCAGCGCAAGAUCCGGGACAACCUGUCGCAGGUGAAGCAGCGGCACCAGAAGGGACAGAUCAGGCAGACACAAGAGUGGAGGAAAUGAGGGUCAACAUCGACGGGAACAGUGGAACAAGCCAGGGCCGGGCUUAAGAGUGGCUGGGAAUCAGUUACCAUAGACAGAUACUGAUUUUUUAUUAACCGAUCGAGAUUAAAAGGCAGUUUGAUUGGCUUCCCAGGUAGAUGACUAGGGUAAAAACAAAACAAAACAAAACAAAAAAGAAAAUUGGAUUAGUUUUGAGCUCCACGUACCAGGACAGCUACUUAAAUGAAGUGAUGGGUGCUGUGUUAUAAGUUGCUGUGAUAAAGUUCACAGGCCAAUUUAAGUGACUCAUAGAUUGAAUUUAUUAAGCAAGCGGCAAAUAAGCAAAACUGCACUGGGCGGCUGGGAGACUCUGCUCCACCAACGGUGCGUGACCCCCCCCCCCCCCGGAUCAGAGUCCUUUUAUACAGUCCUUAUCGGUCGGGUGCAUCGCUCCCUGGUGCACUCUGCGCAUGUGCCCGUCUUGUUACUAGGGGGUCUUCUUCUGCCUCCUGGUGGUCGCAGGGUGGUCGCUGGGAUGAAG